AUUCCAGUCAAAUGCAGCUCCAACCCAACCACACAGAAAGAAACUUUUGUAUUGGCAACGGCUACUCAACCAAACCGAGGAUUACUUAACACACGAAAGGAAACUUCAACUUCAGCUGCAAUCAACCAGUCUAAAUCAAAGUUAAUCACAAUCUCGAAGAGAAAUUUAACAGAUAAAAGGAGAAGACAACAUAUAUUUUUCAAGAAGGAUCACCAGGAUAGCGAAUGUUACAUUUACCCCAUCCUCAAACAACGAGUUGAUCGUUUAAAGAAAAUCCAUGCUUGA